GGCUGCAGAUGCGCCUCUGAACGCAGAAGAAGGAGGAGGUCUGUCAGUGCGGGGGGACUUUAAAACCUAUUCGACGGCUCUGACCUGGUGGAUUUUGCCUCAGAAGUGGCAAAAUCUUAUGCGUUUCGACGGUGGUAUUUCCCCAUCUGCGUCUUUCCAUUUGCGUGUCGCGCGCUUCCCGCUCCGUGGAGCAUUGCGCUAUAGAUGAAGGGAAUACGCGAUGCUUUAUGAACCGGAAUGACUCGCGUUUUAACGGAAGUGGACUAGAUCAAUGAUGGCAGCACAUGAUGCUCAGACUAUUCCAGGAAAUUAACAGCCUUGCCUCAGUUUAACUGAAACAAGAACCACCUGAGGUUUGAAGGUGACCUGUUCACCUUUUUCUGUCUAGCCUUUAGAAUUUCAAUCUGAAAGAGAGACUUGGCAUCAGGCACUGCAUCUGUCGACAGCACAUCAGUCAGGGCCUAAGGAAGGCCCUCUGUUGGAUUCAAUAGUGUUUCCCACAGCUACAAAUGGUGAUUAUUUAAGUGCUUUUGCAGAAAAUCUUCAAGGACCAACUACUUACUCUUGGGAACUGUGCCAAUAUGAAGGACAUAUCAUUUGCGGAUUAUUUGCUGGUAGGGCUUGCAGCAUCUACCUAUGUAUUUGCUGCAGAAGAGAAACUUGACUGUCCUAAGCUUUGCGUUUGUGAAAUCAGACCCUGGUUUUCACCCAGCUCUGUCUAUAUGGAGGCUCCCACGGUUGACUGCAAUGACCAGGGACUUUUUUCCCUGCCCAUUAAACUGCCUGCUGAUACACAAGUCAUUUUACUUCAGACCAACAACAUUGCUAAAAUCGAGAACCCUUUGGAUUACCUUCCCAAUAUUACAGAGAUUGAUCUCUCACAAAACAACCUGUCCUCGAUAAGUGAUGUCAACAUGGGCAGACUCCCUCAACUUUUGUCCCUGCACAUGGAAGAAAACUGGAUACGUGCCCUACCAGAUAACAGCCUGUCCCAACUGACCAACCUACAGGAGCUCUACCUAAAUCAUAAUCAGAUUUCCUUCAUUUCUCCGGAGGCUUUCCGUGGCCUCCAGAGCUUGCUAAGACUACAUCUCAACUCCAACCUGCUUCAAAGCAUCAGCAGUGAAUGGUUUGAGCCCCUACCAAAUUUGGAAAUCCUAAUGAUUGGGGAAAAUCCUAUCCUGUAUAUAGAGAAUAUGAGUUUUAAGCCUCUGAGGAACCUACGCAGCCUGGUCCUUACUAGAAUGAACUUGUCACAGAUACCAGAUGAUGCACUGGUGGGCCUUGACAAUCUGGAAAGUAUCUCGUUCUACGAUAAUGCGCUUCCCAAGGUUCCUCACGGUGCCCUCAGGCCUCUUAAGAGCCUCAAGUUUUUAGACCUUAACAAGAACCCUAUCGGACGAAUUCAAAGGGGCGACUUUGCGGACAUGCUCCAUCUUAAAGAGCUGGGCAUUAACAGCAUGCCUGAGUUGGUGUCUAUCGAUAGUUUUGCCCUCAACAACCUCCCAGAGCUGACUAAAAUUGAAGCCACCAACAACCCUAGACUGUCCUACAUCCAUCCGAAUGCUUUCUACAGGCUGCCAAGGCUGGAAACUCUAAUGCUGAAUGGUAACGCUUUAAGUGCUCUGCAUAGGAUCACCGUGGAGUCCCUUCCAAAUCUCCGGGAGGUCAGCAUGCACUCUAACCCUAUCCGCUGUGACUGCGUCGUGCGGUGGAUGAACAUGAACAAGACUAACAUCCGUUUUAUGGAGCCUGACUCGCUGUUCUGCGUGGAACCCCCAGAGUAUGAAGGUCAGCACGUACGGCAAGUACACUUCAGAGAGAUGAUGGAGAUCUGUCUGCCUCUCAUCUCUUCUGAAAGCCUCCCCACACAAAUCAGCAUGAACAGCGGCAGAUCUUUGUCUCUCCACUGCCGUGCCUUUGCUGAACCCGAGCCAGACAUUUACUGGGUGACUCCAUCUGGGAAAAAAGUCAUCCCAAAUGUUGUCGCAGACAGAUUCUACAUGCACCCUGAAGGCACCCUCGAUAUUUAUGACAUCACUAAAAAGGAGGCUGGAUUGUACACCUGCGUGGCACACAAUCUUGUCGGGGCAGACCUAAAAUCUGUCUCAGUGGAGGUGAAUGGAUACUUCCCACAGCCUGUUAAUGACUCGCUGGCUGUCAACAUCCAAUCUGUACAAACCAACUCUGUGUUGAUUUCUUGGGAAGCCACUCAUGGCAGCCUGGCACCAAACAUUAAGUGGUACACAAUGCCUGGUGCAAACUAUCCAACGGUGGCAUUCACAGCUCGGGUGCCAUCUGACGUGACCACGUAUAACCUUACACAUCUCAGCCCCGCUACAGAAUACAAAGUGUGCGUGGACAUUCACAACAUCCACUAUAAACAUGACACCAAGUGCGUCACCGUCAUAACUAAAGGAUUAGAACAAGCCAUACCAGACUCGGAGAGAUGGGACAUGGCACUGAUGGCUGCUUUUGGUGUGCUUUUCGCUGUGCUCGCAGUCGCUUGCUUUCUGAUAUACGGCUUCAUGAGGAACCACUUCUCUUAUGGAAAUCUGAGCCGAUACCCAUCUAAAAUGGCUCUCGUGUCUGAGACCAGUCUACAAUCUCCCUUUACAAGGCUUUGGAUUUCUGGUAAAGGGAUGCCAGCUGCUGUUGAGGUUCAAGCCACGGUCAUAAAUGUGUCGGACAACGCCUUUUAAGCUGCCCACAAAAACUACAAACAACUGACCAGGCAGGAGCGGAGAACCGUUCCAACUUGCCCUUUCUGUUUUUGCCUCGACAGACAUGAAAUUCAAAAGGAAGGAAUGUCUGUACAUCUAUAACUAGCUCUAUAACCCUUCAUCAUGAGCUGUCAGACGUGGCAAGUGGCAACGGAACAGUGGGAACCAGAGGGAGAGACUCGCUGCUAAAUUUUGCGAUGCGAUAUUUCUAGGUCAUUCACUGACGACAGAUGAUAUUAAGACAUCGGGAAGGUGUUGUUUCUUAUAACUGACUGUUAAAUGUCUAAAGAGUAGUGGGAACAGUCCUCCUGGUCCCAAGCAAUACCGUCUGUGCUGUACGACAACCAUAGGCACGUUAAGGUGACCAACCGUUUGUCAAGAAGGAAAUCUAGUAGAAUAGAUUACGGUGAUAAUGAUGUGAACUUUUGAUGAAAUCUGUCGUUUUUCUAUUUAAGAGCAGAUGUGUCUUUUCAUGGCUGAACGUGUGAUAUAUUCUAUCCAGAAAUGUAACAGGUAUCUUCUGUGCAGUAGCCAGGCAGUAAACAAGUGUGAAUUACUACAGUACAAAAGAUUCAAGACCAUACAUUUGCUGAAUAAAACACAAAUGUACAUCUUAAAGAAUCUAUACAUAUAUAUUAUAUUUGAUUAUAUUAUCAGGACUUGAUGUUGCUGAAUGCAGACACUUUAAAAGCAUCUCUCAGACAAAAAUUGUUUAAGGUUGACCAUGACAGGGUAAGUGCCUACUCCUGAAUCCUACAACAGAAAAAAAAACUUUGAAUGUUACUUUGAGAGAUCCCUGGAGAAUAGAGCCAUGAUUCCAGCCUCACAUGCAAAUUUGUGGACAUACUAUCUCAGUAUUUUUAGCAUAAACAUGAUUUAAAAGCAUUGCGUCCUUCUUGCUUUGAGUGUAAAAAGAUAAAAGCCAUUUUUAUAUUGACUGUGAUGUUUGUUCUACAAUAAGCACGUUGGUCAAGGAGACCAAUGUGCUUAAGGUGAUAUAAAAACUAAAUAAAUGUCAGCGUUCGUUUUUUCUUUUUGAA